GGACCAUGCUGGCUGUCCCUGUGGGACUUGGGGCACCAAGUCCGCUGCUGAGACAGGACAGCUGGCCAAGCUCCCUGCAGCAUCCGGACCUUCAGCUCUCAGGAGGAAGGAGGACUUUGGGGGUCCGUCUAGAGAGCCACCCUGCACCUCUGCUAUUCUGCAGAUUCAGAAUGAAUAAACUUCUGCUCUUUAGAGGAGGCCAGAGAAGGACUGGACACUGACUCUACCAGCGAUGCUAUGUUGGCAGUUGGUUUGGGUUUGGGUUUCCCCCCCCUACCUCUCUGACACAAACUGCCUCUUUCCUGAUCACUGAGCUAUGGGCUCCCCAUGCCCGACAGAGAACAGGCUGGGAACAGACUUCCUAAGACAAGCGGCAGGCAAGUGAGCACACUGCUCCCUGGCCCUGCAGUCUGUGGCAAUGCCGGUAUCUUCCAGAGACAGGCACCUGCAUCCUGGACAUCAUCACUUUGGCUCCUGCAGCCCCUUGAGCCAACUCUGGCCUGGUCCAGAGCCUCAGUCAGUCAAGGGCCUUUACUACCGCAGGGCCCGAAAGGUGGGGACCCUGGACACCUCUCCAGAGGCCGACUUGAAGAAGGAGAUCCUGGUGAACGUGGGUGGCCGGCGGUACCUGCUGCCCUGGAGCACCCUGGAUGCCUUCCCUCUGAGCCGCCUGAGCAGGCUCCGUCUGUGUCGUAGCCAUGAGGAGAUCACACAGCUCUGUGAUGACUAUGAUGAGAACAGCCAGGAGUUCUUCUUUGACAGGAGCCCCAGCGCUUUCGGGGUGAUCGUGAGCUUCUUGGCUGCAGGAAAGCUGGUGCUUCUGCGGGAGAUGUGCGCACUGUCCUUCCGGGAGGAGCUGAGCUACUGGGGCAUCGAGGAAGCCAACCUGGAACGCUGCUGCCUGCGCAAGCUCAUGAAGAAGCUGGAGGAGGUGGCCGAGCUGCGGCGGGAGGAGGAGGCUAUGCAGCGCCAGCAGCAGCACCAGACCUGCCAUUCUGAAGUGCACACUUCACGAUGGGCCCGCAGCAUGAACCAGCUGCGAGAGAUGGUGGAGGACCCACAGUCAGGGCUGCCUGGGAAAGUCUUUGCCUGCCUCUCCAUUCUCUUUGUGGCCACCACGGCUGUCAGUCUGUGUGUGAGCACUAUGCCCGACUUCAGAGCUGAGGAGGACAAGGGAGAAUGCACGAGAAAGUGCUAUUACAUCUUCGUGGUGGAGACCAUCUGUGUGGCCUGGUUCUCCCUGGAGUUCUGUCUGCGUUUUGCCCAGGCCCGGAACAAAUGUCAGUUCUUCCGUGGGCCCCUGAAUGUCAUCGACAUUCUGGCCAUCUCUCCAUACUACGUAUCUCUUGUUGUAUCCGAGGAGUCCCCGGAGGCAGGCGAGAGGCUGAGUGGCAACUCCUACCUGGAGAAAGUGGGGCUGGUCCUGCGUGUUUUGCGGGCACUCCGCAUCCUUUAUGUGAUGCGUCUGGCCCGCCACUCGCUGGGGCUGCAGACACUGGGCCUCACGGUGCGCCGCUGUGCCAGGGAGUUUGGCCUUCUGCUGCUCUUCCUGGGUGUGGCAGUCACCCUCUUCUCCCCUUUAGUCUACGUGGCUGAGAACGAGUCCGGAAGGGUCCUAGAGUUCACCAGCAUCCCUGCAUCCUACUGGUGGGCCAUCAUCUCCAUGACCACGGUGGGCUACGGGGACAUGGUCCCUCGCAGUGUGCCGGGCCAGAUGGUGGCUCUGAGCAGCAUCCUUAGUGGUAUCCUCAUCAUGGCCUUCCCAGCCACAUCCAUCUUUCACACCUUCUCCCACUCCUACUUGGAGCUGAAGCGGGAGCAGGAGCAGGUCCAGGCCCGCCUCCGGCGUCUUCAGAACACAAACUCGGCCAGCGAGAGGGAGCUUCUGAGCGACGUGGAUGAUCUGGUCCCUGAGGGUCUGGCCUCCCCUGUACACUACGUGUAAUGCCUACCAUCUUAGGAAUGUACAAUAAUAUCAACCCAUCCCAUGGCUGAGACAAGCUCCCGCACCUCUCCUCUACCGUGGACCAUCUGGGGGUGUGUCCUCAGAAUACUGACUUCCAAAGCAGGAAAGGUGCCAGGCCACAACACCAUUGGUGUGAUCCUGGGCACAUCCCUUGUCCUUCCCCAGAUCCCUGCCAGCCACUGGGCACAGCCCAUCUUGGCAGGCUAGGUCAGUGUCCCUGUGUUCUUUUCCCUUCCUUGCAUACUCUGUGGUAUUCUACCCUGGGUUCUGGAUGCUCAUUGAACUGACCACCACUAGUAGCCAAAUUUGGAGUCUGCGGAUUUCCAUCUUCUCCCCUAGACUCCCUCCCUGUCCUGGUCCAUGCUACCCCUGGGAAUCAGAGAGCUCGGGCAUUGAGACCUACUCAAAGCUCCACAUAGCCUUGCCAAGCUUCCAAGAGGAUCAUGUGUUCUCUUACUUCCUGCCACCGCCAACCAAAUAAUUUCCAAAUGUGGUGGAAGCACCCACUAUUCCAGAAGCUCUUAACCAAGAAGGCAGUCCUGGCCAUUACAGCAAAUCCUGUCAGGGUCUCAUGGGGGUAAGCCCGCUGUUACUUAUGACAUGCCUGGAGACUUGAGCGGCAGGGCCGCCUGCAAGUGCCCAGUUGGCCAGCUGGACUCUUGGUGGACACUCUCUAGUUGUACAGCUCUUAGCCUUGACAAGGAGACUCUAAGAACUUUACAAUGUCCUUUCAGAGGACGACAGCACCAGGAGGAACCUCAGCUUUCCAUGGUCAACUAAACACCACUGACUGACAG